AGAUUUUGAAUGUUGGAGUGUAGAUUUGAUCUAUUCUCCUCCUUGGGAUGGAUAGUCUAGCCCUCGGCCCCUUGGGCAAGUCUAAUUCGGUUGGAUCAAUAUCCAAGUUAACGGGCCGAACUUUAACUCCCGAACGUUGACGAUAAUCUUUUUAAAAUACUAUAAAAACCGAUGUACUAUCUGCUUCUGGAUCGUAACCCGUCCGUAAUCCAGAUUCGGGUCAAACAAAAAGAUCAGUUAGGGGAAAACGUAAGAGGAAGUCACUGUUUUAAGUAAAACUAGUUUCUUGUUCCACUUCACUUCUCUAGAAUCGUCCCCGAAGGCCACUGCCCCCCUUAGCCCUAAACUGAGAGAUAAGGUCACCUUACAUUCCUCAGUCCAUUGCAAUAAAAACACGGCUUAAACAAGCGUUCCAAUUUCGGUUUAAAUCUGGUUCGGACAGGUAAAAGGUAGAUAAGAAUGGCGCAAACGUGCGUUUCGACAUUGGCGUCGUCUCUUCGUUCGACUUCUCUGCUAUUCUCUCCAAACUCAAGCCCCAAUCUUAAUUCUUAUAAGUUAUCUCUUCCUUUCCAUCCCCUUCAUCCCAGGAAAUUGAAGAAGCUUGUUAGUAAUCAAAAGAAUGUGAUGAGUUCUCAGCCAAAGGCUGUUUCCACUGGAGAGUUUUGGCCUCCAGAGACAAGCUCUCGUCAGGGAAUCUGGUCAAUAAGGGAUGAUUUACAAGUCCCAUCGUCACCUUACUUCCCUGCAUAUGCACGAGAGCGGGGGCCACCUCCGAUGGUGCAAGAGCGAUUUCAUAGUGUUAUUAGCCAACUUUUUCAACAAAGAAUAGUUCGCUGUGGUGGACCUGUUGAUGAUGAUAUGGCAAACAUCAUUGUAGCUCAGCUUCUCUAUCUUGAUGCUGUCGAUCCUCAUAAGGACAUUGUCAUGUAUGUCAAUUCCCCUGGAGGGUCAGUUACGGCAGGUAUGGCCAUAUUUGAUACUAUUAGGCAUAUCCGGCCUGAUGUCUCGACUGUCUGUGUUGGACUUGCAGCUAGCAUGGGAGCUUUUCUGCUUAGUGCUGGAACCAAAGGAAAACGAUACAGUUUACCUAAUUCAAGGAUGAUGAUACAUCAGCCUCUUGGUGGAGGUCAAGGAACUCGAACUGAGCUGGAAAUUCUGGUAACUGAAAUGAUGCAUCAUAGGGCAAUCUUAAGCGGGUAUCUUUCUUACCACACUGGUCAAAGCUUCGAUAAGAUUACCCGGGAUACCGAACUUGAUUUUUGGAUGAGCCCCGAAGAUGCGAUGGAAUACGGACUUAUUGAUGGUGUCAUCAUGAAUCCUCUCGAUGCUCUUCAGCCACUUGCUUCUACGGCUGAUAGUAACGCAUAGCCUAGUGUGUUUGUUCCUUUUAGGUAUUUUUGCUAUCAAUGGCAUGACAUAUUGUAAAGAGAACCGGAAAUGAUUGUCCAGUUGAGUCUAUUUGAAUAUUGAAUAAUAAUGAUAUUUCCGGUGUAGCAAUAUGAAUUUUGAUGUUAAUUAUUAAACCUUAGAAAAUAGGUGUAGUCUUUAGGAGAGUGCGUGCUUCUUUCUCUUUAAAACAUCUUUUGCUGUUAAUUACGUAAUAGCAUUCAAUAGGUUUUUUUUUUAUGUGACC